AUGGACGCCAAAUCGCGGCCUCAGCACCGCCGCAACCCCAGCUCCAAGUCGGGCAUCCUCAAGUCGCUCGUCUCGUCCAAGUCGAGGCCGGCCUCGCCUGAACACUCUCGCGAAAAUGCACAACAAGUUCGGAGCCAGACAAUGCCCUUGCUCCCGCCAGACCAUCCUCAUACUUCAGCACGAGGUACAGGACUGAAGGAGCGGGCUGGCAACGUCCAGUCUCCUCCAUCCUCACCUUCAAAGAAGAAGGCCACUCUGGGACGGACUGACAAAGAUAUCAAGGCGUCGAAAGUGAAGGAUGGCAAAGAUGGCCCAAAGAAGAGCAAAUCCUCUACCAAUCUUGGAGCUGUCUUCGCCAGGAUGAACCGCUCCAGCAAAGACCUCUCUGCUCAACUCGCCAAAGACAAGGAAAACACCACCCCGCCAGUCUCCGUCAAUCGGCCGCUCGAAACACCCAUCUUCUCUCAGUUUGCCUCCAAAGACGACUCGAACUCCUCACGUCCGGGUAGUCGAGAUAGCAAGUCCUCCCACAACCUGCAGAGCGAGAUCGAUCUCUACACGCCAAAGGUCUACUCGCCCAGCAAGCAACGCAACUUCAAUGGCACUAUCGACGAUCCUGGAAUGAGGCCAACACUCAGCCGAGAUCGCCCACAGAGUGCAUACAACCCUGUCUCGGAUGGCUUCAUGGCAGCGUUGGGAAGGAGAGUAAGUGGAAGACACGCCAGUAUCGAUGACAAGAGACGGUCUGAAGAUGCGGCGAGAAAGCAGGCUUCAGUCACGAAUACCAGAGUUUCGAUGGAGAGAUCGAGGAUACUUGGGCGGAACAGCACAGACCGAAAGACCAGCGGCAGCAGCACAGAACAGGCACCCGCAAAGGAGAAGCUCAAUGUUACCAAGAGAGGUGGGAGAGUCAUGGCCGCGGUGGCUGCCUUCCAGGGUAAGACCAAGGAGACGGCAGCUGAGAAGACCAAGAAAGAAGAGCCACUGGAUCCAAAGGCUGUUGACGCUGCGUUCGAAGCGGUGCUGGUAUCACGCAACAUCCCGGAGCCCAUGAGACAGAAGAUGCGCACCUUGACUUUGACAGUGAAGGCGGAUUUCAUCAAGCAGGACAAGAUGACAGGCAACAGUCCACUCGGAACUUUGACGAGCAACCUGGAGAAGUCGAAGUCGUCGAAUAAAGUUACAGAGGUCGUGCCAGAGAAGAAGGAAGAGGACGACAGCAAGUCGACGAAGCGCUCGCGGACUCGCAGUCGUACCUUUACCUUUUCGAAAAGCGACCGAAAGAAUAAGGGUGACGCUUCGCCAUCGAAGAAGCAGCGCUCACAAAGUAAGAGCCGACCCACCUCUGUAGAGAUCCCCAAAGAGGCGUAUACUGGUUCUCAAUCACAAACGCCUACCACCCCAACCGGCUCAUUUGGACGCAAGAGUGGCGCUCCUGCUCUGCCCACCGACUACAUAACCUAUCUCAAGAAGAACCAGGAUCCCACCAAGAUCGAAGUAGGCCGUCUGCAUAAGCUGCGAAUCCUGCUGCGGAAUGAGACUGUAACAUGGGUCGACGGCUUCAUCUCCCAGGGCGGUAUGGCCGAGAUUGUGGAUCUCCUCAACAAGACCAUGGCGAUUGAGUGGCGAGAGGAUCAUGAGGAUCAAGUGCUUCAUGAAGGACUGCUUUGUCUCAAGGGUCUCUGCACGACUGAGCGUGCGCUGGCAGAGUUGAACCAGGUGGCGGACCACUUGUUCCCAGCAUUGCUGGGGAUGCUGUUUGAUGAUGAGAAGAAAGGCCCGGCCGAGUAUACGACCAGGACUAUCAUCAUCAACGUGCUGUUCAACUUCCUCGCUGCAGCCACAAACUCGUCGCCGAAGGACAUCGAGGAACGAGCACGUAGGAUCCUUCGAUACCUCGGAGAGCCAGUGAAGCCAGAAGAUGCCCAGCCAGUCGACUUCGUCUUGGGAAUGCAUGUACCAAGACCGUACAAGCUCUGGUGUCGUGAAGUUUCCAACGUCACCAAGGAAGUGUUCUGGAUCUUUCUUCAUCAUCUUAACGUCGUCCCCCUUCCAAAGCCGUCGAGCUCGCACAGCAAUUCCUCGCCGGUAGAUGAUGAAGAGCGAGCAAAGACUCUGGCUGCGACUUACACCCAGCGCCAUUUUCCUGGAUCUCGACCACCGGUCCCAGCAGCACCCUACAUCGGCGGAGUGGAGUGGGACGCAACAACAUACCUUACCGCACACCUCGACCUCCUGAACGGGCUAAUCGCCUCUCUUCCCUCACUCUCUGCGCGCAACGACCUCCGUUCUGAGCUCCAAGCCUCUGGCUCUGAGAAAGUCAUGGGCACUGUGCUCCGCACCUGCAAAGAGAAGUUCUACUCGGGCGUGCACGAUGGCUUGCGGGCUUGGGUCGCUGCCGCCGCCGAGGAUGGCUGGGAAACGAGGUUCGUCCGGGAAGGCCCCACGGAUGAGGAGGUCAAGGAGCACGCAAUGAAGGCGAGUCCUAAGAAGAGUCCCAAGAAGAAGAAAGACCUCCCACCUCAGCUUGAUGCCCCAAAACUGGAUGCUCCAAGACUCGACCUGGAUUUGAAGUUGGAGAGGACGAAGAGUAAGCAAGCGGAGGGGGAGGACGAUGGAUGGCUUGGAUGA